ACCGUCGUUAAUGGUCGUCUCCUUCUAAUAUUUUCAUCCUCGUCCCAUUUCCAACUCGGCGGCUCGACUCGCCCCAUCUCUUCUCUCCCUCUUCUUCCUCGAACGUUCGCUCUUUUGUCUCUACCAAUCUCCUCUUUCCCCUUAAACAAUCAUAUAUUUCGAUUGAUUACGAACCCUAGCCCGAGAUCUUCCAGGAAGAUUCCUUCGAUCGGUUCCCGCUAUUUAGGUUGGAAAUCGGACGGGAAUCGUUCGUGCUUUGGUACUUCCGUUUUUGGAACUUGUCGAUCGGUUCUGAUGAGGAUCUAGGGUUUUGAAGAACGAGUCCGGCUUCAGUGAAGUGAAUUGUUGCGUUGGGGGUGAUCGAUGGCGGGCGCCGGGCGGAGUGGAUCGAUUCCUCCGUUAGAUAUUGAGCAGAUACUUGUGGAAGCACAAGAUCGAUGGUUACGUCCUGCCGAAAUUUGUGAAAUACUUCAAAACCACAGAAAAUUUCAUAUUGCACCAGAGCCACCAAAUAGACCUCCCAGUGGUUCUUUGUUUCUCUUCGAUCGAAAGGUGUUAAGGUACUUUAGGAAGGAUGGUCAUAACUGGAGAAAGAAAAAGGAUGGGAAGACUGUGAAAGAAGCUCAUGAAAGGCUAAAAGUUGGAAGUGUGGAUAUGCUCCAUUGUUACUAUGCUCAUGGUGAGGAGAACGAAAAAUUUCAAAGACGGAGUUAUUGGAUGUUGGAUGAGGAGCUCAUGCACAUUGUUCUUGUACAUUAUCGUGAAGUCAAGGAUAAACCAAGUCUCAGCUAUACUAAAGAUGUUGAAGAAGUUGUGCAAGUCACCCAAAUGGAUAAUCUUUUCACUUCUAAUUCUGCCACUAGUCAGGGUCAACCACCUUCACAAACCAUGGAUACUGAUAGCCCCAGUAGUGCACACACUUCAGAGUAUGAAGAUGCUGAAUCAGCAUACAUGAAGCGAAAUUUGAUGCAGCAGAUAUUUAUCAAACAAGUUCCCGAUACCACCCUGUCGCUGAGAUGUGGCAGCAUGAUGAUUGAUGACUGAUGGCUGUUCAACUCUUUGGCCCUUAUGUAACCAUUCCUUCUGUAGAUAGCCUAUUUGAUUUCCCUGGAAUUCAAGCUGCUGAAAAUAAUUCGAGUGCUCAAGAGGAUACAACUUAAUUUCUAGAUGUAGCAGACCUUGGAUUUAGCAGGUCCAGAAAUUUGUUUGAUCUAACAUCCUGGGAUGAAAUCCUGAAACAAUGUGCAAAAGGCUUCCAGAUGAUCUUUAAUACUUGGGGAUCACAGGUUGCCACCAUGGACGACAAUCUAAGACUUCAAUCUUUGAUACUUGGGUCCUAUAUGCAGAUGAUCUCAGCACCAUGGAUAACGUCACCCGUUCACAGGAAAAGUACUUUGCAGCACUAUCGCGUCUAUGUGGCAGGUUUCAAUUGCUGGGAUAUUUUAUAUUAGCAGAGCUUCUAGCUGAUGGAACUUUUCAGUGUCAAUCUCCUCCACAUAAAUCUGGAAGGGUUCCAUUAUCUGACACCUGUUCCAAUAGGUUUUCUUGUAGUGAAUUGUGAGAAUUUAAAUUCGGACAAGUGACUCUCACUCUGAUGAAGAUUUCCAAAUUCUAUAGUUGCAGUGCAAAUGUAAUGCUUCUUUCUGUGUGGAUAGACAAGUUACUAUUUUGGGAACCACUUGACUACCAAAAUCUAGGAACCAAAACCUUACAGAGAAAACUUAUUAGGCAGUAAAAUUUAUUAUUAUCACCAUGGAAGCUGAUUGUGAAACUUCUACUCUGCUCAAGGAAAUCAAUGAGGACUUUUCCCCUCAUACAGAAAACAGUCAUUUGAAUUAUUUCAUGAGUUGGCUUCUUUAGAAACUAGCCGUUGGUAUCCUCGGCAUCUUAUUAGAUGAGAAUGGACAGGAUGUGUUCAUCUAGUGGUAGCUCUGGAUUAUAAUUGGACUAUAAAACUAAUUGUAGCCACAAGUGUCGAUGUUAAUUUCACAGAUAUGCAUGGAUGGACAGUCCAUCACUUGGCAGUAUUUUGUUGCCGUAGGAAUGUGGAGAAAACUAUAUUGUUGUGGAGGCAAAAGCUGCAUACAUUGCAUGGUUUUCGAGCAGAGGCACCAUCAGAGAGACAGACCAUGCAAAGGCCCAUAAGGAUGACUAUGGAAGAAAACAAUCUUAAGCUGGCUGCAGACAGCCCUCGCAAGGGUCAAGUCCAUGGAUCAAUACCCAGAAGCUAGAGAUAAGCAGCAAGUACUUGUACCUGUUGUCAGAGAACUUGAGGUGCCUAAGGCAAUGCAGGAAAGCAUCAUGAAUGUGUUGUUGGAGGCUAGAGAUGGUGAUUUUAUGGUUGAACAAGAAGUCUUCUGUGAAACAACUUACACCUAGUCCUGGAGAAGGUUGAUUUUCUUGUUUUAAAGCAUCGCCUUCACUGAUUUUCGAUUGCACCUUUCCAUCUAGUGUGACACCUAUGGGCAUUUUGCUUAUAUGAUGCAUGUGCAUUCCAAUCCAAUCUUGAGAGGAGGUAAUACCAGAUUAUCCUCUUGGCUGUAGCUGGUAGCCUGCCAUUCACUAACCAGGACUUGUUUGAAUUGAAACCAUUUCUAUUCCAUUAUUAGUGCCUUAUGUUAGCUGAUUCAGUUGCCAGUACAAAUAAUUGAUGCCCUGGUAAUGUUGUCUUGUAACAAUUUUGCUAUGUUCCGAAUGUAGGAUUGCUAAAAGAAGUUGAGAAGUGCAUUCACUUCUUAUUUUUCUUUCUUUCAUUAUUUCUUUCUAACUUUUUUUUUAAACCGUGAACAAUUUUAAUGAGAAUCAUGUGUUUUCGUGA